AUGUACUGGCGCAUAUUCCUUUUCCUCUGCGCAUACUUGCAAGCAUGUCACGCAUCUCCAUCCUACUUCCUCACGCUGGUUGCGACUACGUCCGACAACGCUGCCAUCCAGCCCAAUUCAGCAGCGUACACGAGCGAUGGCAAGACGUUGCUAUACGCUGAGGCAGGGAUAGGGUUUGGGAGGAUCAUGGGCUUGGACGUGGCGACUAGCCGAGUGCAAGUGGUGGCCGGCUCGAGCAGCGGGGGCGAGAGCGAUGGGAUUGGCACUCAGGCUCAGUUCAACCAGCCAAGGACAGUGCGAGUCAACGGGACAGUAGCAUACAUCACAGACAGCAUCUCCUGCUCCAUCCGCCAGUUGGACUUGCUCACGCUACAGGUCACCACCCUCUACAGGUACCCCUACCCGCUCGUGUCGCAGCAGAUCCAAGGCAAGUGCUACUGGGGUUUGGCAGUCGACUCGGCGAACAACAGACUGUACGUGUCUUGCGCGUACAACAGCACGAUCAUGCAGUUGGACCUGACGACCAGGACCAUGUCUGUGCUGGCCGGGGAUGGAAAUGUUGGAAGCAAGAACGGAAGAGGUACAGCAGCUACAUUCUACACACCACAAGGAAUCGCGUACUCCUCAAAGCAGUCAGCAAUUUAUGUGUCAGAUUAUCAAAACUCUCUCAUCAGGAAGAUUGAAGUCAACACCAGGGAGGUGACGACAGCAGCGGGCAGUCUGAGCGUUGGCUGUGCGGAUGGGCCAGCGACAAGCGCGCAGUUUCUGUAUCCGAAGGGGCUAGUGAUGGACCUGCAGGAAUCAAAGAUAUACGUCGCUCAGGAGGGAUCCAAUGGUACGGUCAGACAACUU